AUGAAAGCACGAGAAGACAACCACAAGAAAGGAUUGAGCAAGCCAAGCAGCUCUACGGAUUCCGCGAAGCCCGUCAUCAGUUUUGACUUUUGCUAUACAAGCACCACAGGACGUGAAGAGCCACCAGCAGUGACUCUUGUCGCUGUGGACAGCUGGAGCAAGGCAGUUCUUUCGGUGCCCUGCAAGAGGAAAGGAGGUGCAGGAAGCACGACGCAUCUCGCGGAAGCACUCGUGCAGUUCACCACGCAGCUCGGGUACAACACCCUCGUUCUCAAAGCAGACAACGAGAACGCAGCCAAAGCACUCAAGGACAAAGUACAGAAAGAAGAACGCGAACAGCUCGAGAACGACGAGGCCGCUAGCGACCCUCCGAGUUCGGAGGAACCAAGCUCACCCAGCAAGCUACGAAAGCAGGUCAACAGAGCAGAGGAAACAGACGGUUACCUCAACAUGCCUCAUGAUGAUGAAGUCUACGAAGCAGAUGAUGAGUUUGUGUACGAGUCGGAAGAAGAAGAAGAGGAGACAGAGAGUGAACCAACGGAAGUUUCUACCAAGGUCCCUGUCGAGUUCUUCGACGAGGAGAAAGGACCACCGAACGUGGAUCCAGCUUUUCUUCAGAAGUUGGAUGAUGAAGCUACAGUCAAAGAAAUCAAGAGGUUAACAAAGAUGGGAGUUAUUUCGUUGGUUUCUACGGACCCUCAGGAAGCAACUGAGAACGUACCUCUGGUAGAUUCAGAGCAAGAACUUCACAAGUGGUUGACAACGAAGUUGGUGAAAGAUUGGAGGUUCAGAGAAGCUACAGGUUUUGAAGCUGAAGAAGCCAAAGAAGGAACAACAAAGCCCAAGCAGAUUCAAAGAAUUACAAAACUGGUGCCCAUGCUGGCUCUCGCCAACCAUUGGGCGAUCUACAGUGUCGACGUGAAGGUCAACGCGACGCAUCCAGUCUUUGGUCAGACUUUUGUGAUGGUCUUUUGGUGGAAGAGAAGUUUGAGCGUUGUACAGCAGUUCCAGCACUUUACCGUCUUCUACGACAAGGAAAAGUGGAACCUCAAGAAGAAAGUGAACCUACAAGUUGAAGGACCUCUUCUGAACGAGGAAGACUACGAGAAAGGAUUUUCUGAGGAGACCGUGAAGUUUCUCAAAAGGAAGUACACGUACGAACAACAUGAACUACGAGUACAUAGCGAUAGCAAGUACGUGAAGAAACUCGUGGAGAUCCUCAAGCUGGAGAAGAAGAAGGCCAAGAACUCACCCUGCACACCGGCUAGUCAGGAACCUGACGUAUCCCAAGAACUGGACGAGGAACACUCGAGAACGUACAGAAGUUGUGUCGGCAUUUUGCUGUACGUAGCGCACGACCGUCCGGACAUUCAGUUCGCAGUACGUAGCCUCAGUACUGCCAUGACGAAGCCAACGGAACGCAAAAGAAAGGAGUUGGAGCACUUGGCGCUCUACCUCAAAGGAACGUCAGACUACGCCGUUACGUACCACAGGAACAGCCCAGGAACGUCAGCUCUACGUCACCGCGCCGAAGAACCACAAGAACUACAAGAACCUCGAGAACAACCACGCGAACGUUUGCUGGAAGUUUUUAGCGACUCCGACUGGGCCGGAGACAAGCAGACUAGGAAGUCAGUGAGUUGCGCCAUGUUCUACCUGGACGGUGCAUAUUUCUACAGCUACAGCAGGACACAGAAGUCGAUAGCAUUAUCUUCAGCAGAAGCAGAAUACAUGGCACUUACUGGAGCAGCAAGCGAAGGAAUAGGUUUACACGCAGCAGUUCGUUUCCUUACAGGAGAACGAGUACUACUCAAAGCAUACACAGACAGUUCCGCAUGCCGCGGAAUUACAAACCGCCAAGGAACAGGAAGAGUCAAGCACUUGCAGAUUCGGUUACUUUGGCUACAAGCAGCAAUACGCGAAGGCAAGCUUACUGUACACGCAGUCGGUGCAAAGGAGAACACAGCAGACCUAGGAACAAAGCCUCUCAGCACGAAAAGAGUGAAGUUUCUCCUGAACAUGAUCGGCGUGUGCAACAGCGAAGGAAGAGUUGGAGAGCAAGAGCGAGAGGAAGAAGAAAAGGCACAAGUGGUGAGAAGACUCGAGAAGAUCAUGAAGAACAAAAGCAGCAUGUUGUUUGCACUUUCGAGUUUGUUUGGAAAGACUGAGGCAGCCUACGUACCUUUCGCCGCAGCUCAAGAAGUAGCAAGCCCACAAGAAGUCCCAAGCAGUCCUGGAAGCAUGUCGCUUCUGGAAGUCCUGGUGACGCUCGCCAUGGUGUGCAUGGCGGCAUGGUUUGUCGUGAACGAGAUGAGAAAGCCACAGCAGCACAAGAAGCCGAAGAGAGAAGAGAGGAGCAGCGGUGAAGAAGAGGUGAACUACGACGUGGACUCCUUCGACGAGGCAAAGAAAGAAGUGACAGAGAGAGCAGAGAAGUUAAAGAAAGUUGAGGAAAGCCUGGAGAAGGAAAAGGAGCAGUUCGAAAGCCAAAAGACAGAGUUUGAGGAGACAGUGAAAAGGUUUUUGAAGAAGCAGAAGGAGGUGAAGGAAAAGGAAGACAAAGUUACAGAAAGAGCAGAGAAGUUAGAGAAAGACCAAGAGACCCUCCAAGAGCAAGCCAAGGUCUUAAGCGAGAAGGAGACAGCCCUUGAAGAAGCUGAGGAGAACGUCAAAGCAAAGGAAGCAGAGGUUGAAAAGAAGAAGAAAGAGGCAGAGAAGAGAGAGAGAAAAGCCCAGGAAAGAACCGCCGGCUACGACCAGGAGAGAGAAGAGUACGCCAAGAAGUACGUUGACAACGCAAAGAAGGACUUGGAGAGAGAGCUUAAAGUGCUAAAGCAAGAAGAGAAAGUAAGGAACCAGAAGCUCGACGACCUCCAGUACGACUACAAGAGCCUCAAGGACGACUACCAGUACUUCAAAGGUUACUCACAAGAAGUGGACGCACUUCUACUUGCAGCUAAGGACAAGAUCGUGAAGUACAAGAAGAAGGUCAAAAGCCUCAAGGAAACCAUAGGUGCAGCCCUGUCUGGAAGCGAAGGUGAAGAAGAGACAGAAGAAGCGUACAAGAGCAAAGCAGAAGAAGAGAAAGAGAGGAAAGAAGCGCAGGCAAAAGAGGAAGAGAAGAAGAAAGGAAAAAGGCCAAAGCAGGUAGAGACAGAAGACCAAGAAGAGAAGCCGUCAAGCAACCAAGGAGACGAAGCUACCGUCGACCCGAACGACAUAGCCGAGUUCACGCAGCUUGGCUACGUGUGGGAGUUCAACAAGAAGACGCAAGAGUACCGCGCGAAGUGCGAGGACAAGAAAGGAAGCACGAGAAUCAAGAACGCUCCGGUGAAAGGCCGCCUCCUUUGGAACAAGGUGACGGAGUGCUACAGGAAACACAACAUUUGGUUUACAGACGGAAAGGAAUUGGAUAAAUUCCUCGAGACCAAGGAGAACGAGAAGAUCGAGGAAGAGGUGCAGCGACGCAUCGGCAUGAAGGGCAAGAACGACAACACAGGAAGCAAGGGAAAAGGCCCUUCCUGGGACGACGGACAGAACGACGGUUGGUGGUACAACGACCAGUGGAACAACGAGAACUGGAACACCAACGACGACGGCAGCAACUGGUACGAGAACGCGAACCCGAACAACAAAGGCUACUGGCAAUCGCCAGAAGAGUGGGCGCAGCAGAACCAGUGGGUAGCCUGCGUGCCUGGGGAUAGCUUUAAGUUCCUCAAAAGGGAGCACAUCAUUCUUGAUGAUGGGAUCUUGAUAAAGCCUCUUGCGGACCACGCCGUGAAUAUGGCAAACCUUCUUGAUGUGCCUCUGCAUCGCAAGUUCCCGACGCCUUGCGCCAAGGAACUCCUCAUGCCGGAUCAGAGCAAGCUGCUGGAUUUUGCUCGAGCAGCCAAGUACCGCAGCGCCGUUGGGAUAGGCAUGUACGUGUCUCAAGAUCGCAGUGACAUCGCCUUUACAGUGAGGGUUUUGGCUCAGAAGCUUAAAGCACCUACCGAACGAGGCUGGCAGUUUGCGCAACGCCUUGCGGGUUACCUCGUUGGAACAGCCGGCUACGCGAGUAAGAUGCAUGCCAAGGGCGAUCGAGCAAGCAUUUUGGAGCGUUUGAUGCCGAGGAGCCUCUUGAGCGUGUGCUGCUUGAGGUAUUCUGUGAUGCCGACUGGAGCGGCAACAUGCAGACUCGUCAGGCACUUGAGUGGACGCUUUCUCCGGAUACAGGAGAAGACGGCUGAUCGCACACGAAGUCGAUGGGAGACGGAAUCCGUCGGAUCUGGGCACGAAAGUGCCGUGCUCUGGGUAGGCCGUGAAGAGCAUGAUGCAUUGUUGGAUCAGUUGCAACGUGAGCGUGAGACGCAGAAGGUGCGCAGGGUGCAGUCGCUGGCCGUCUUGGUGAUUUGCACAUGUGCUAUCCUUCUUGCCUUGAAAUCUUUGAGCCUUGGGCGGCUAUGGGACACAGAGGGCAAGGAAGAUGACAUCACCUUGAAUGUGAGCAAUCCCACCGCAUCCACCGAAGGAGUGCAUGAGCAGGAAGUUGAUGGUUGGUGA